AUGAACAUGCUACGCACUUCGGCUUUCAAGCUCAACCGAGCUUCGUCGCGGUCCUUCUCCGCUGCAGCUCUUCGACAGGCAGAGGGUGAUGUUGGCGGCACCAGAUUUGGUGGUUCAGCUGCAUCGGACUCUUUCAACAAACGAGAACAAGCAAGCGAGAACAAGUUCAUCCGAGAAAGAGAGAAGGAGGCACUCAAAGCCCUGAAGGAGAAGCUGAAGGCCCAGAGAGCACACCUCGAUGAUCUGGACAAACAUAUCGAUGAGCUUGAAAGAGGUGCAGGUGGUGAGCAAAACUAG